GUAUAUACUACUGCCUGAUAUUUUUUCUUCUCAACGUAAUAUACACACUAUCGUUAGAAUUAUCCUUAUGCCGUAGAUACUAUAGUAUAUAUGCAAAUUUGAAAGUCAUCUAUUUUAAAUAUUAAAAACAUCAAUAAUUAAUAAUAGUUAAAUAAGCGCGAUGCUUGAAGAAGAAAAAUAAGUAGUACAUGUUUAGAAUGGAAAAUAUUUUAGAGCAACGUGAGAAGUUUAAGAAGAGCGAAGAAUAUCAAACGUCCUAUAUUAAUUAUUUAUUGAAAUACAUUUAUAUAGAUCCGACACUUUGUUCAAGAAGAUACUGUACGUUCAAAAUAUCACAUUGCCAAAUCAAAAUAUAUUUCCCAAUCAUAUAUAUUAUUUACAAUUUUACUGUUUCAUUUAUUAGUAAGUAUUUAAGUGCAUAGGUUCUUAAGAAAGUUUAUCGCUAUUUAUGUAUAUCGGUUGUCUUCUCAGCAGUUCAAUUAUUUGUUAAUUAAUUCGAAAUAAAUUCGAAUUUGAACUUUUAUCGGUGAUUCGUAACCCAUUAUCUACGUAAUGUAUUAUACAUACGGUAUUAUACAUAAUAAACAUAUUACAUAGAUAAUGGUUUACGUAACGUAUACCAUUGAAAUCUAAGAAAAAUGUUUAAAGCAAAUUCAAUAUCUCGUGGCACUAUCACGUAAGCAACAUCACAUAAAGACAGAUCGGCGAAUCGGUAGAGUAAACAAGAAAAUCGCCAGCCAUGCUAGUGACGUUUCAUCGAAAUUUCGCUAAUAUAUUGUCUCAGCGAGCCUGUAGCAUAAGCUUUUUUCGAUGGAUAAGUACACGGUACUCAUCGGCACUCCAAGAACGUGUUUUAAAGGAAAAAUUAAUGUAAAUGGAGUCAACAUCAAUUACCUGAGAGUUGGUACGGGUGAACAUCCAGUUUUGCUUUUACCAGUUGCCUUAGGUUCGAUUUGACAGCACCUUACAAAACCAUAAAUAGAGGGAUUGGAUGGUGGAAAAUUUACUACGGUGGUAUGAGAUCCUUCGGGCUAUGGAAAAUCAAAACCACCCGACAGGAUAUUCACAAAUGAUUUUUCUCAACGUGACACCGAUUAGGCAUACCAUUUAAAAGGUUAUACAACAUUUUCAUUGAUAAGUUGGAGCGAUGGUGAUACACGGUUCGCUUCGAUGUUCCCCGAUAAUGUUCGAAAGAUGGUAGCCGUUGCUGUGAACGCCUAUGUAACGUCGAAAGAAAUCAACAUUUAGAGAAAAUACGAAAAUGUAGAUGGUUGGUCUGAAAAAAUGCGAGCUCCACUAAUAGAAAUAUGCUGGGAGGUCUAUUUCCGAAGAACUUGGCCUAAUCGGACAGAUGCAAUUUUGAGAAUUUGUGAAAAACAACACGGUGACUUACGCAAAGUGUCGCUAACGCAAAUUAAAUGUCCCAGUUUGGUCAAUCGAGACAAAGAUCCUAUGGUACUCGCUGAGCAUCCAAUUUACUUGAAGGAUCACAUCAUCGGAGCAAAGUUGACAAUUUUUUGAAGAGGAGCACAUCAUUUGCAUUUACGAUAUCCCGAGGAAUUUAAUGAGGUCGUUAUCAAGCUUUUAAUCGGCUGAUCGAUGGUUUCGCAAUAUACAUAAAUAUAUGAUAGAUACGGUAUACGGUCUUAUAUACCUUCUUUUAUCUUGAUACAUUUGUGGACAUUGUAACAUAAUAUAAUAACGUUUUUUAGUGAGCACUAGUAAUACCUAUGAUUAAUCGCGAAUGUUAGAAAAAGCAUCCUUAUUAAGAGUUCGAACAACGUUUGUUCUACACUACGCUGAACGCGUGAUAUAGUAUAAAGGACACACGUGGGAUAACCGGCACAGGAAUCAAGUCAGAGAAAGGAGCUAUGAAACCACGUGGGCGAUGAAGCCUUUACGUU